AAUACCGUUGAUUAAAUAUCCAAGGUGGAAUAUCUAAAUAAGUUGAUUACUUCACAUAUUUUCAGCGACAUGGAGCUAAAAGGUCAGAUACUAAUCUACUCGGAGUCUGGCUGUAAAGAAUGUAUGAAUAUAAAAACAAAGCUGGAGUCCCUACUGCUGCCCUAUGUUGAAGUGGACCUGGUCAAUCACCCUGACCGUCGUAUUGAGAUGGAGAAUUUAACUGAUAGAGACACAGUCCCUCAGAUAUUUUUCAACGAUCAUCACAUCGGUGGUUAUUAUGAUUUGAUCGACUUAGAAACCAGUGGUCAGCUGGACUCAAUCAUUGAUCAAGUGAAGAAUACACCCGUCCCAGACACUGCCCCCAAACCAGCAGAACACAGCCCUAAUUGUGAUGGUGAAAUUGUUGGUUGGAACAGAAUAAAACUGGAGAGUUUGCUAGUAAAAUUGGCCGACCAGGGCGUUCUUUCGUCUCACAGAAAGAUGUUUACUGUUUACCACUGCUCAUUCCAUGGUAAGGACCUUAUUGCUUGGCUGACAAGCCAAGAGAUGUUGUCCUAUCAGGACGCUCUAAACACAGCAGGUGACAUGGUAAAAGAGGGACUUGUAGUCCAUGUAACUGAUCCACAGCACCCGUUUGCAGACAGUUCUCAGCUUUUUAAGGUUGUUGGUGCUGAUUUCCCGUCGGCCCUGAAUGCUGGGAUCACACAAAGCUGCGGUGAUCAGUCAGCAGUUCAAAUCAGUGAGAAUCUCCGGAGGAUAAUGACGUCACUGUCAGGGCGGCACAUUUCAGAAGAAGGAUACAAAGUGGACUACGAGGGGAUAAAAACAGAUGUUGAGUUUGCUAAGUACGUGAUGACUGCCCAGUCUCUGCAGCGGGUGAGUCUUGCAGGGAUUUCUAAACAGGCACUGAUUGCCAUGUUCAUCAACAUUUAUAACGCAUUGGUGGUUCACGGUAUUGUCAGUAGAGGUGCCCCUUCAAACCAUUAUGUAAGAUACAAGUUCUUUAAAAACGUUAGUUAUGUUAUAGCCGGGCACAACUACUCACUAAAUGAGAUUGAAAAUGGAGUGUUACGUGCAAAUCGCAAAGGAAUGGCAGAUUUAAGCAAACCAUUUCCUGUUGGAGACCCACGAUUGUCAGUGGCUCUGGAAAGUCCUGAACCCAGGGUACAUUUUGCGUUGAACUGUGCUAGUAAAGGAUGCCCUCCGAUACGAUUCUACUCCCCUGACAAGCUAGAUAAUCAACUGAACAAAGCUACAAAGAGUUUCCUUUCUUCGGGGGGCUUUUCAGUGAACAGUGACACUCACCAAGUUUCUUUGUCACCGAUAUUGAAGUGGUACAAGGCCGACUUUGGUAAAUCAGAUGCCGACAUGUUGAAGUGGGUUUGCGGUUUUGUAAAUAAUACUGAUGAGGGUAGAGUAUUACAGGAACUUAUUGAUACUAAACAGUUCAAAAUAGUUUGGCAGGAUUACGAUUGGUCGUUAAAUCAUUGAUUUAAUUAAUCAAUAUUAAAUAUCCGUUUAUAUAGCAGUGAGUUUAAAGAUUUUUUUUCUGUCAGAGUUAUAAUACAUUUUAUAAUAUCUAAACAUUUAUUGAUUUAUUAUUGGUUGGAGUGCUAAAUAGUAAAUUGUUGAGUUGAUUUAUAUAUUGUUUGAGGAUGAUUGAUUUUUUUUUCCAGAUCAGAUUUUUUUGGCAUUAUUUGAAUAAAUUAUUAAACGUCUUUUAUUUGAAUCAGAAAAGUUGCUUCUUCUAAAUAUGACCAUGAUCGAAUGACAAAACAUUCUCCAAAAUGUUGUUACUCGCCCGUAUCAUACUCAUCACAUUCUGAUUGUCAUCUCAAGAUAAUUCAUUUUGCUCAAUAUCGACUAUCCAUUGCUUAAAUACAAUUUUGAAGGUUGAGUUUAGAUAUUUGAAACUUUCACCCUGUUUAAUAAACUUUAGUUCUUGGCCGCUAGAAA